UCUUUUUGUAACAAUGAGAUAUAUACUAUUUUUUAUUUUUUUCAGUAAACCCUAAAUCUUAUAUUCAAAGAGCAGUUAGCUGCAGGAAGGAAGAAGUGAAGUGCCUCCUUAUCUGCAACAAGUAAAAUUGAUUUUCUAGGGCUCAUUUAUAUUGUUAUAGCAAUGGUGGGAUUAUCAUCUGGAGAGAAACAUUUCAUACAAGGUGGGAUUGCUCAAGAUCUCCGAUCUGAUGGGCGUAAAAGAUUAACGUAUCGUCCCAUUUCUAUUGAAACUGAAGUCAUCCCUCAGGCAAAUGGUUCUGCACGCGUUAGGGUAGGUGCAACUGAAGUUAUUGCCAGUGUCAAGGCAGAACUUAGUAAGCCUAAUCCGCUUCAACCUAACAAAGGAAAAGUUUCUAUAUUUGUUGAGUGUAGUCCUACAGCAGCUCCCAUGUUUCAGGGCAGAGGAGGUGAAGAGUUGUCAACGGAGCUCUCAGUUGCCCUUCAGAGAAGCUUUUUGGGUGGUAAAAGUGGAGCAGGAGCUGGAAUCAAUCUAUCAUCUCUUAUUGUGGUGGAGGGGAAGAUAUGUUGGGACCUCUAUAUAGAUGGCCUUGUACUUAGUUCAGACGGGAAUUUAUUGGAUGUAUUAGGUGCUGCCAUCAAGGCUGCGUUGAGCGAUACAGGCAUUCCGAAGGUCAAUGUUAAUGCUGCCACAUCUCCUGAGGAACCAGCAGAGGUUGACAUAAGUGAUGAAGAAUUUUUCAAGUUUGACACUUCAGGAGUGCCCGUCAUAGUAACUUUGACAAAGGUCGGUAGGCAUUACAUUGCAGAUGCAACCUCGGAAGAGGAAUCCCAAAUGAGUUCUGCAAUUUCCUGUUCCAUCAACAAGCAUGGGAAUAUAUGUGGCUUGACGAAACGUGGAGGUUCAGGUUUAGAUCCAAGUGUGAUUCUUGACAUGAUAUCUGUUGCUAAACAUGUAAGUGAACAACUAAUGAUGGAAUUGGAUUCAAAAAUUUCUGCAGCAGAAGCUUGUGAAACCGAAUAGUGAUUAGUAUUUUACAGCAAUGUAUUGUAAUUGUUACAUUAAACAGGGAUGGAAAGAUAGAUAGCUAGGUUAUACUAACUUCUUUAGGUUUCGGUUUGACCAUAUCUGUAUGGAAAUGAGCAUUUUUUGAGAAGCUCCCUGAUUCAGUUAAUGGGAAUUUUUUUGAUGCAUCUCUAGUUGCAUUAACUUGAAAAGAGAAGGAGAAAUUGAAAUGCUUUUUAUGGAGUUUACCUUUUUA